AUGCUCCAAUGCCAUGCUAGGGGCUGCAACACCAACAACUUCCCGUUAGAACUCUCGGAAGUCGAGAUCCAAGUCUUGGAGACCGACUACAACCCUCAGUUCUUGAGAAACAUGAUUCCCAAAUUAGAUUGGAACGCCUUGGUGGUAACCGCAAAAAAGGUCGGCAUCACCGCGGUCCCCGAUGUUUUGCCAGAAACCAUGAACGAAGACAUCGACGAGAAUUUCCUCAGAAAUCUCCAUAGAAUAUUGUUGGAGACUCACGUUCAACAGGGUAAGAUGACGUGUCCCAACUGUAAACACGUCUACUCGAUCAGAGAUGGUAUACCAAACAUGUUAUUGAACGACGAAGCCUAA